AACAAGAAACAGCUGAACUCAAACCUGCUGCAAACUUGAGGCUGUAAUGAAACUGGCUGAAACAGUACAACGGCAUGAAGAAGUGCAUAUUGGCUUUAUAUUCGCUGCAUAUUAUGAUACUUAAUUUUUAGAGACAAUUUUCUCUAACCUUUUGAACGAAAGACCCCUAUCGCUAAAAAUGACAUUUUACUGGAAGCCACCCAGAGGACUUAUGGAGCUGGAUGACUUAAUGGACUGUGUCCAACAAAGGAUGCUACUUAUAACUUCUGUGAUAGAUGAUAGACCGCCAGUAGGGAUCAAAGUGCAAUAUUUUAAUGAAGGCACCGCCAUAGACCGUGCGUCGCAUUAUUUGCUAAGACUGGUAACAUCGUCAUCGGCGCUGCUCAAAAACUUUGUGGUCAAAGGGGAAUGCGAGUUAUUCAAGAAAAGACUGAAACUAUGUGACCACCUAGAAGUGAGCGAAUUGCUUGCUACGAGUCUGAGGCACGUCGAUGAAAUUCUUGACUUCAGGUCUUUGGAUAAUAGCAGUAGACAAUAUCUGCUUCAAUGUAAAGACAUUUUCCAAAAGCUGUCCGGCAAGAAAAGAGGCUUGGAUCCCUUGCAGCAUACUUUUGCGGUGAACCACCCAAGCGACUGUUCCGAGCACAAAAUCAUAGUUCCUUUCAAGUCGUGUCUGCCGCUGAUUUCGCAAAGACUCGUUAAACUGACCGGUGGCUAUGCUUGGGUCAACUGCAGCCAGUGGGCGGGCCUACUGUCCUGCGUUUUCCACAUGCAUUUGCUGCAUGGCUACGAAGACCUAGGAAAGGCAGGAUGCGGCCUGGCGCGGCAAGACUCUCGUCUCCGCCACCUCUCCUCCUUGAUUGAGGCCAAAUACAUGCAAAGACCAAUCACCUUCAUCGGUUCUAGUAGCCAAGAAAUUGGAGAGCACCUGACUUGCGACAAUCUUGAGGAACGGAAAAAGCUGUUUCCGCCAUGUGCAAGCGCUUUGCUUAAGCAGCUUAAACAACACCACCGACUCCCUCACCAUGCCAGAGUCCAGCUAACUCUUUUUCUUAAGGAGGUGGGCAUGCCUGUGAAGGAGGCGAUAGACUUCUGGCGCCGAGAGUACAGCACGCCUGCCUCAAAGUGCGGAGCAAAUUGCAGCCACUCUUGGCAGAAAGAUGAGCGGAGGUAUGUGUACAGCAUUCGCCACUUGUACGGACUGGAAGGCGCUCGCACCAACUACGCCGCGCCUGCCUGCUUGAAUUUACAGGGGAGCCUUCUUGCUCCUGGAUCCGCCGGUGGCUGCCCUUUCGUCCGGAUGGCAGAAAAGCCGCUUCUUGAGCUGUUAGACCAGUACCAGCUGCAUGAACACAUGAAAAGCUCCCUUCUAAGUUGUGGCGACCGACCUUCUAAAGCCUGCAAUUUUUUGUUAAAAUGCGUCAUUGAUUCCAAAGAGGACAUAAUGUCAGUGGUCAAGCCAUCCCAUUUCUUUUACCGAUGCAAAAAUUGGGCUGAGGAAUUUUAAAGAUAUUUAAUAUUAUUAAUCAAAAUACAACUUUUUACAGCUUUUUUGUUAAAUAAAAAUAACUUAGUUAGUUAAGUCUGUUUAUUUUAUAAUUAUAUACGUAUCUGCCUACUUUUGCAUUUGGAAAAGCUACAGUUUUAAAAGACAAAGAA